CCCGGCUCUUUACCGUUGGGAGCAUGGCGAGCUGCGGGCGGGGCUCUGCCGUGGCGGCGGCGGCGGCGGUGCUGUGGCGGAGGGCGGCUCUGCGGCGGGGCGGGCGAUGGGCUUCGACGGCCGCCGCCGCCCCGGAGCCCAGCCCGGACCCGCCCUCGGCGGCGAGCCCCGUGGCGGCCCCCGAGAGCGAAGCCCGGCUCCGCCCGCCGCCGCCCCCGCUCCCCCCGCCGCCGCCCGUCGACUUCGAAGACGCCCGAGAGGCCUUCCGGAGCAAAAGCAGCGCCGAGCUGGCCCGCGGCCUCCUCGUCUUGGGCCUCUGCUCCUUCGGGCCCUUGGUCGAGAACGCCAGCCAGCUGAUGCAGCUGAGCCAGCGCCUCCUGGGCCGGGACCUCUUUGAGAAGCUGAUGAAGAUGACCUUCUACGGGCAGUUUGUGGCCGGCGAGGACCAGGAGGCCAUCCGCCCGCUCAUCCGGCACAACCGGGCCUUUGGCGUGGGCUCCGUCCUGGACUACAGCGUGGAGGAGGACCUCACCCCCAAGGAGGCCGAGGAGAAGGAGCUCGACUCCUGUACCUCUGCGUUUGAGAAGGAAACUGGCAAGCAGCGGGAGAAGCGCUACAGCGUCCACCGCAAGUUUGGCGACCGGCGGGACGGCGUCAUCAGCGCCCGCACCUACUUCUACGCCGACGAAGGCAAAUGCGACCGGCACAUGGACACCUUCUUGAAGUGCGUUGAGGCUUCAGGUGGCAGCUCAGAUGAUGGCUUCUCUGCCAUUAAGCUGACAGCACUGGGAAGGCCUCAGUUCCUGCUGCAGUUCUCCGAGGUGCUGGUGAAAUGGCGACGCUUCUUCCACCAGCUGGCAGCUGAACAGGGCAAAGUGGGCCUGGCAGCCCUGGAGACCAAGCUGGAGGUGGAGAAGCUCCAGGAGGCACUGGCCAAGCUGGGCAUUGCCACCCGGGCAGAGAGCCAGCAUUGGUUCACGGGCGAGAAACUGGGAGGAUCUGGGACGGUGGAUUUGCUGGACUGGAACAGCUUGAUUGACACCCGGACGGAGAUCUCCAAACUUUUGCUCAUCCCCAACAUAAAGACAGGGCAGCUGGAGCCUUUGCUCUCUCACUUCACUGAAGAAGAAGAGAAGCAGAUGAAGCGCAUGCUGCAGCGCAUGGAUGUCCUGGCCAAGCAAGCGGUUAAGAUGGGCGUGAGGCUGAUGGUGGACGCUGAGCAGACUUACUUCCAGCCGGCAAUCAGCCGUCUAACCCUGGAAAUGCAGCGCAAAUUCAACCAAGAGAAGCCGUCCAUCUUCAACACCUACCAGUGCUACCUGAAGGAUGCCUACGACAACGUGACGGUGGACGUGGAGCUCUCCCGGCGGGAAGGUUGGCACUUUGGGGCCAAGUUGGUGAGAGGGGCCUACAUGGAGCAGGAACGGCGCCGGGCGGCCGACGUGGGCUACGAGGACCCCAUUAAUGCCACCUAUGAGGAGACCAGCAAGAUGUACCACAGAUGCCUGGACUACAUCUUGGAGGAGAUCCGGCACAACCGGAAGGCCAAUGUGAUGGUGGCCUCCCAUAACAAAGACACCGUCAAGUUCACCCUUCGCAGGAUGGCCGACCUGGGCAUCCAUCCCUCAGAGAACAAGAUCUACUUUGGGCAACUCCUGGGCAUGUGCGACCAGAUCACCUUCCCUCUUGGUCAAGCCGGCUUCCCGGUGUACAAAUACGUUCCCUACGGGCCAGUCCACGAAGUCCUGCCCUACCUGUCCAGGCGCGCCCAGGAGAACCAAGGCUUCAUGGCCCGAGCGCAAGAAGAGCGGGCCCUCCUUUGGGUCGAGCUGAAGCGGCGGCUCUUCUCCGGCAGCCUCCUCUCGGCCCCCAGCCCCCCUUAAGCCCCACACUCCAGCCGCCGCUUUCCGGACCUCCACCACAACACCUCCAAGAGACCAGAGGCAAAGGACGCAAGUCUUGUAGGCCUCGGUGCCACAAAUAGGACCGCUCGCCUUUCCGGACCUCGGCGCUUUGCGAUGCCGGGGAUUUUGACUCGGUCGCUGUGGCCCAAUGUCCCCAGUAACAUGCCUUGGAUCCCAUCGCCUUUCCAUCCGUCCAUGCCCCGCUUUCUACCUAGUUUGUGUAUUUUGGAGACAUCUUUGCUGCCAGGACCCUUGCGGUCGGUCAGCCUCAAGCAGGGAAGAUGACUCCUGGAAAUAAAAAAAAUGAUCCGA